CUUUGCAGUCUCCUCUCCCACUCUGCGGUCGCUGGUCGCUGUCAUCAUGCAGGUGGAAUCUGCGCAAUGUAGCUGAGCGUAGAGAUCUCCAACCAGCCACAUAACCGGCCUGCAGCGCUCAUACACCGGGCACGGGACUCCGGAGGUUAGGCUGUAUCUAGCGCUGUGGAGGGGGCCAAACAAUAAGACACUGGAAAUAAUAGUUAUCAUCUGUUUUAACUUGGUGAUCAUAGGUUUCUUUAGACAUACGGGCUUCAUCAGUUUGACACCAAUGACAAUGCGGCUAAAUCAGGAGUUCAUCUCAACAUUAGUCUCCAGUGAGAACAUUUCAUAGCUGUUGUGCUGAUGCUGUCAGUUGUUGUUUUUCUCUCCUGGCGCAGUCUAACUCAGCUGGAGUCGCAUAGGAUGACAUACAGUCCUAUUGGAAGUGACUCUCGCACCUUGCCAGGCAACAAUUUCCAAAAAACGAAAAGGACGUAAUCUUGCGGAUCUUUUUUUGCUCUAAAAACACAAACACGAUGGACGAAGGCACUGCCAACGAGACCAUCCCAGAUCUGAAAGACAUAGAGGUGAAAAUCGGACGGAAGACUCCCGAGGGUUUGCUCAGGUGGAUGCGGGAAGAGGCGUCCUCUGUCCGGGGAGACGCCAAGCUGACCACCGCGCACGACACCGGUCAAGAGUCGGGAAAGAAGAGUUUGGAUGAAAAGAUUAGGAAAUUGAAAAUGGAGAUGGUUCAAUUGCGCUCGGUGGACGUGAAGAUCUUGCAGCAGCUGCUGGCGGUCCAUGAAGGCAUCGAGGCGGUGAAAUGGCUGCUGGAGGAACGCAGCACGAUGACAAGCCGCUGCAGCAGCCUAACCAGCAGCCAGUACAGCCUGGGCGAGGGCCCGGACACCUCCUGGAGAGGCUCCUGGAGCAGCCUGCAAGACCCCAACGACAAGCUGGAUAACAUCUCCAUCGGCAGCUACCUGGACACCCUGGCGGAUGACAUGGAUGAGUACUGCCCCUCCAGCUCGGAGUCUGUCAUCUGCUCCACCACGCCGCUGGUCUCAGAGGCUACUGCUGUGGGCCGGACAGGGGGAGGCCCUGGGGCCACGGUCACAGCAGCUGGGGUAGGAGCUGGGGUAGGGGUGAGGCCUGGUUCUGGGGCUGGGAGUGGGAUUCGGGCUGGGCCUAAUGAAAAUGGAACUGGGGUUGGUAAUGGGAUGAAGGGGAAAGGGGGGACUGGGGUUACAGCUGUCACAGGGGAGGCUGGGAUGGGAAAUGGGAAACCAGCUGUUCCUUACAGCUCUCUCCAAGCCAAGUCUGAGGGCCCCAAGCAAGACUCUCCGAUCUGGACGAAGGCUUCAGAGACGGUUAGAGGAAGCCUUGUUAUUAAGGACAAAACCCAGGCCCAAGUUGUUAAGGCUAAUGGUGUCCAGGAGAAACCGAUCACACAAACAGGCAGCCCAACCCGCCUCGGCAUCAACGAGAAACUGGGAACCGGCCAGAGCCCCAAACUCAAACCUUACAAAAACGGAAAGAUUGACUUGGAUACUUGCAAAAUGAAUGGCAAAAUGCAUCUAGAGUACGACGCACACUGGCGGUGGGUGCAGUCGCAAGAAGAUGUGACGUUUUUGUAAGACGGAUAAUAACAGAGGAGACUCUGUUGAACACUCCCUCUGUAACAUCAAAGACCAGAUCACCGAUGGAUGGAAAAAGAAGAAGAGUGAACUGCUGUUGUGAAACGCACAUCGUAAGGCUUUCCUUGUUGUAGGACACUGGGUUUGACUGACAAAGAAUAACUGUUUUUGUCUUGUUGUUUCCUCCUGUGACGGCACUAACUUUAUAUUAAACAUUGAUGUCAGUAUUAAGGUGGAUGCACAUUUCAGGAGUUUGACCAUAUUUAGCCAAACUGGGUUGCCUCACUCAAACUUAGGAAAAUCGAUUCAUAAAUCCUGUGUCAUCGUUUUUUCUCAGGGUCUUUCUUUCUGUUCCCGGAUUUCUUUUCUUUUCUAAAGCACAGUAAGACGUUCUCUCGAGAGCUGAAACAUGAUUUCAGAUUGCUUGACAUGAUACAUCAACCGUUGUAAAUUAUAAGAUUUGAAUUAUGAUUUGACCUACUCAUCCAGAAAAUAAUACCCGUAAGAUACAAAACGUCAACCCACACCCAAUCUAUAAUUCAAACCAAGGGACACAACAAAGCAUAUUGCUCUGGGAUAUCCUUAAUUAUUUUAUACGUGCUGCAGUGGAGCUUUAACUCCAUUGCUAACAGCACUAAUAGAGCUGGUUGUACUGCAUUUAGGUUAGUUAAAGACCCAAGUAUUCCCCUAUCAACCCAUUAUGUUUGAGUCAAACAUUGAAUUUAUGGUAUAAACUCUUUGUCUUAGACAAUAUAGCUGAACUCUUGAUGGUUAUAGACAGUAUUACUAGAUAAAAUAUUAACAAAACAUAAAUUUAAUACACCUUUUGCUAAAACGUGUAAAUGUGUUUCUCCCCAAACUUGUAGCUGCCUGAAUUAAAAGUAGCGGAUAUUAAAAUACAAGAUAGAAAACUGAGGUUUGUAAAUGUUUCCCUCAUUGAUAAAAUAUGUACCCGCUGUUAGCAUUUGUAUCUUCGUGGAGCUAAAUACCUUCAGUGCUUAACCAACCAUCUGCAAUAUUGUAUAUUCACUGAAUCGCAAUACAGCUACUCUGUGCAUCAGGUACUAGUCGUGAGUGGUUGUAGGCAAAUACUGAACAUGGCUGAAUAUUGUUUUUUCUUCUUUUAACCGUUAUGGUAACCUGUGUACGUUUUUCUAAGCAGAUGUUGUGCCUGAUUGGUGUAAACCCUAAUAUGCCUGUACUUUUUCCUCCUGAGAUGAUUGCACUGCUGUUAUGAUAAUCUCGGUUAUUAUUUUUGCCUCCUCCUGGCCUGCUUGCAUCGUGUAUACAUGGCUAGACCGACCAGUCUGUGUGAGUGUUGGCUGGUAAAUACAUUGGCUGGGUGGAUAUUGCAUGCCCUGUGCUGACAGCUUUACUGGUUAAAUUAUGAGAAAUGUGUGGAAGACCUAAAACAAUCAGAGAAGAAAAGCAAUACUUCUUGAAGCCUUUCUUGUGGCUUACGUAAGAAUCCUCUUCUCAGCAAAUCUAAUAUUAAUGUCUGAUCUUCAGGAGUUUCCAAGACUACUGACAGGGAGAGGAUGUGUGUGUGUGUGUGUGUGUGUGUGUGUGUGUGUGUGUGUGUGUGUGAGAGAAAGAGACGUAUAUACCGACUGCCUGUCUGAUCGCAGCAUGGCAUGUCAGGUUUGUAUAAGAAUAGAAGAGUCCCAAAGGUUUUAAAGCGUUUUCCGCCCCAUCAUCACAGUGUUACGACAUCUCCCACCAGUCUGCAGUUAGUCAUGUUAAGAGGGGUAGAGCGACACACUUGAAAAACGGAGGGGAGCAUAUUACAUAAUCGUUACAUAACUUUUACUGCUACAGUAACCGAUACCUUGUCAAAAAAGAAAACUCGUAAAAGGUCUGGCUUACCCUCUCUCCUACCUUAUGUGACCUUCUGUAAAAGCUGAUAUUAAAUUAAAGACGUUGUAUGCACAUCCGUACCCCUCUCUAGUCAUUAUGGUUCAAGAUCUAAAAUGUCUCACUUGAACUCUUUCCUUUUAGUGCCGCGAAUUGUUUGAAACUUUUCAAUACAGUGAAGAUUAUAUACCAAAAAAGAUUGCCGUUUUCGAUACGUUUAGUACGGACACAUUACAGUCAGUACCAAAAACGUUAAAUGUUUGAUACCCAACACAGCUCUCUGCAUCCUAAAAGUCCUGGGUAUAGUUUUUCAGACAUUUCAUGCACUGUAAAAAGAUAUUUAUUUAAACUUGUUUUGUACCACCCACUUGACUAAGCCCCACGCCCUGUAGUUUAUGUUUGCAUACAUGCAGUUAAUAAUUGUAAUGUGGCUAAAGCUGCAUGUUGCAGGCAAAGUCACCAGAUGAUGAUCCAUGCGCAAAAGAAGACAAUAAUAAAGAAUAAAGGAUCAGGAUUGUUCUUGUAUUGUUCUGUAAAGCUGGUUACUAUAAGGAAAACAAAUAAGUGGAUGUGCUCGUCGUGAACAGGGCUUUUUAACAUAGUUACUCCUCAACAUAGCCUAAUGAUAUGCAAACUCUUUGAAGUGUAGGCCUACUGUAUACUAAGCUAGUUCGCCGGACAUGCUAACGAUGGAUUAAAUAUACACUUUUAUCCAGCCUUUACACUUCUACAUGUGGAGAAAUCCAAGUCUUGGAAGGUCUGUCAUGCCUAGUUUGGAGAGGGGUUAAUCAAACUCAAUUGUUGCCCUGAUCUGGCUCUUUAACUGCUUACAUUCAUAUAUGUUGUUAUAACAUUUUGACUUUAAGUCAAAUAAAGCCAGUCCAUCUUCGAUCAAUCCACUUUCUGCCACAACUAACUGUAACAAAAUCUUUAUAGGCAGCUACAGUAAGAUGUUAAACUCAGCGUGUCCAUUUGUUUGAGCCAAUGAAGUGUUUCCUCUCUCCUCCUCCUCCUCCUCCUGCCUUUCUUUUCAUUCUACUUUCCACCACACUGGUCUGAUGGAAAUGUUCAGUCUGUGCCAACCCACACAUCAUGCACACACAAUGCCCUCUCGCUUUGAGACAGCACCAUGAAGCCGGCACCACAGAAACAGCAACUGUAGGCUGAAAACAGGAAAGGAAAACUGCUUAAACUGGACCCUGAACUCUUGAUCAAGUUGGCACAUUUUAAAAAUUGUAUUCUUUCACGCUGAAUCUUUUUUUAAUACCAAAAGAAGAGUGUCAAUCUAUUGCUGGUGCCUAUUUCAACCAUGGUAAAUCAUCCAGCCACAGAUAUGAAGUCAUUUGAAACCUCCUUCCCUUUUUAACAUAUGUGUUGGCUGUAAAGCAACACUGCCUGCCAAAAAGACCGUCUGCUCUGCUAGUUUGUGGUUUUCUUUCCAAAUUUGCAGAGCCAUAUGAAAAAAAAAAAAAAAUGUAAUGCCAGGAACAAACCUGUAAAACACAUUACAUCAAGCUAUAGUGUGUCUCUCUGAAGCUAUAUAUACACUGCAGCCCGACAUGCAUGUGUUGUCAGUGGGCAUAUCCAGCUUAAAAUCAAAAUAUGUUUUAAAUCGCUCACUGGCAGAGAUUUAAUGAGUGCUGACAGUCUAGGUGCCAGAAUAAAUCGCUUGUGGCCAGAUUGUUUCUGAAAGAGGGAUAAUAGCUGCUGUGUGUGCACAUGGAUAAGAAUGGAAGUGUUACUUAACUGGCACGCUGGUGGAAAAUACCUUUAAGUUCAGUUUCCAGUAUUCUUUAGAGGGUAUGAAGAGGUAAACACAACCCUGGACUCCUUCCGCCCUAUUCUUUUAUGAUGGUCCAGGAUUCAUCAGAUGCCCAGUGCGUGGUGUGUUUGCCUUGGCUUCAGGUGCCAGGCACCCUCUGGCUAUUCUGGGCAGCAAGACAAACAGCACGAUUACAUAGACAAGUGGAUAUCCACAAGGUUGCCAUGACUAUGAGAGCGAGCAGGCUUCAGCUCCAGUGGCAACAUGAAACAAUGUUCACUGCGGUGCUAGUGGCGCUAUAGCAGCGCUAACGGCAGGUGAGAUGAAAGAGAUGAGACGACUGGUGAUGCAAUGCGGGUCUGAAUAAUAACAAUGAUGGUUAUCGGUGAUUUGUGAUGAAACCCGACUACAUUUAGCAGGUACCUCUGUCUAAAGAGGAACCCUUUAAAAAGGGUUGUAAGUUUUAACUUGUGAUCUUUUUAAUGAUUCAUUUACUAAUGUCUUAUAGAUCAAUAGUAAGCCAUAAAUAUGAACAAACGUUGGGUUUCCAGGUAGAGAAACAUCCCUUAUUUCUAGACUUUUAAGCUGCAGACAUGAUAGAUUUUAAAAAGUCAGACACUCAUGAGCAUUUGAUUCAUGAUUCCCAACAUCUAAUUGCAUUAUGACCAAAUGCAAAUACAAUGCAUAAAUGCAUUCAAUUGCAGUAUUUUACCAAUAAGCCAACAUUUAUCCUGUUAUAACUGAUCUAUAGAACAUUGGUAAAUGAUUUGUUUAACAAGAACAAUGCCAUUAUACCAAUGCAUUAGAUAUACAGGCGUACUGAGGGAAUAGGAAUUCAUCUGCCCAAAACAUGUGUUUUCUAAUGUAAUAAUACAGAAAAAAGAGGGCGGUAUUAACAGUGUUGAGACUCCUCGAGAGGCAGAAAUCACAAGCAUUCCAAGAUAAAAAUUCAGCAAGUUAGGGCAAGUUUUUCAUUUUCAUUGCAGCACAACAAUAUGCACAUGCGGUAUAUCACUACAAAGUAACUCUGCUUCCUUCUUCUCACAUUCCCCACUGCUCUGUUCUGCAUUAGCACACAGCUCUGCCACUCUUUAUAUUAGCCACCUGUAAUGCUGCCAAGAGCCAUUUUCCUGCAAGUUUUGGACUUUUUUGAGAAGCUACAGUAAAAGACAGACUUGCUGUGUCUCCCUGGAGGCAGAAUAGAGGGAUAAAUAGUGAGCUGAGCGGCGAUGCAUACAGCAUGCAGCAAAAAGGAAGCUUCCACUCCCGGGCCUCCUGCUGUUUUCAUCCUUCCUCUUAUACAUGCACAAACACGCACAAGCACAAUUUAUCCCAGGACUGACGUGGGUCUCUUGGUACCUAACAGCUCCUCAAAGAGGCACCAUCAAGCAUUUCCUUUCCUUGAAUCUUAUUUAUCCCUGUGUGUGUGUUUUGUUCACAUCCCAAGCUGCUCAAAGAAAUGGAAGUGAAUUGAAAUAAACCCCACUGAGUGCACACUGGGCUCUGAACCGGGUCCAAAACUUUACUUAGGCCACACAAAGCUUAGAGGAUUGAAAGACGAAAGCCAGAGAGACCGACUGCAGUUCGCUGAAUCUUACUUGAGUGAGUGGAACAUCUUUUAUUUUCAUGGUGCAUUUUAAAUAUCUUGUGCAGAGAAUUUCUUUUUUUUGUGAAGUGGAAAUGUUAAACAAAUAACUGACUAUGUUUAUUAACGUGGAUAAUUAUAUUAUGCAGUAUGUAAAUGAUGAGCUUAUCCAAUGAUUAAAGAUAUUUUAAAUGUU